AUGACCCUUUUAGAUCGAAUUAAGCAGCGAACCGCCAGUUAUCACAUUAACCAGCCAUCAUCGAGUGAAAAAAACGAGAAUUUGUGCGGAAAGCGCAUAUCUCACCAUUCAACACGAGGGCCAAAUAAUUCCAUAGAUGGUUGUGGCAGUGUUGCUAAUUCUUCUUCUGUGUCAUACCAAGAUAAAAGCAGUGUGUUCUUCCCUCAUAAAUUAGUUGUUACUCAACGUGGAGAAGAUAGUGGACAUUCCAAGUUGUCACCAUUGUCGAUCACUAAUUCUACUGCCAGAGUUGGAGACACCCAGAAAGUUAUACGGAAGGAUAAGCCUAAUGUGCUUCCAAAGAUCAAGUGGGGAGAUCUGGAGGAUGUUGUUUUGAUACUGCAUUGCGAAAAUAAUUCUUAA